AGCAGCGCUGGAGAAAGCGGACAAGCGGACCCAGACGGAGCUGAGGGGAGCGGCGCGCCUGGGCUGAGGCGAGUGCAGAGCAGAGAGUGCGCCGGGAGAGCAGGUCGGGGCUACUCCGCCUCGGGUCUACGUGGUCCCCAGGUCAACACCGCAAGUGCUCAGGGCAAAAGCUGCCCCAUGAAGCCGCCCUCGGUGCAGAGCAGCUCCGCGGCGGCCGCAGCUGCAGCCCCGGCCUUAGACUCUGCCGCCUUGGGCGAUCUGACUGAUGCGCUGUGCGAGUUCGACGCGGUGCUGGCCGACUUCUCCUCACCCUUCCAGGAGCGCCACUUCCACUACGAGGAGCACCUGGAGCGCAUGAAGCGACGGAGCAGCGCCAGUGUGAGCGACAGCAGCGGCUUCAGCGACUCCGAGAGUGCAGGUUCGCUUUGCAGGAACAGUUUCAGCUUCAGUGAUGAAAAACUGAAUUCUCCAACAGACUCAACCCCGACUCUGCUCUCUCCCUCUGUCACUCCUCGAAAAGCCAAACUAGGAGACACGAAAGAGCUAGAAGACUUUAUUGCUGACCUUGACAGGACAUUAGCAAGUAUGUGAAACAAGAAGUUAUGGGCCCUUGUAUCAAAGCUCCAAGGACCUGGUAAAAUCAGCUACAGAAUUUGCUGCCAGAGGUGAUGGGGACAAGUGUUUAUUGCUACCAGGCCAUUCUCAGGCUCAUCUCCAGGCAAUGUAGAUGGCGAAACUGACUUUGUUUACCUGCUUGUAGCGAAUUAGAACAGACAUCCCAUGCUAAUACUGUAUUUUCUCUAAAAACAUAGCUUACCUAUAAUUUAAAGUGCUUUUAUGAAGAUAUUUGUAAUUAAUUAUAUAUAGUCGGAAACAAUAAUAUGCUUUUCCCAUUAUAAUAUAUUUUUGUAUACAAAUAAAAAUUGAA